AUGGAACAAAAUGGGUGCAAGCCAGAUGUUAUGACAUGUACUACAAACUUAGACGGUCUUUGCAAAGAUAGGUUAGUCAAUGAGGCCAUGGAAUUCUUAUCUGAAAUGGUUGAUCGGGGCAUUCCACCAGAUGAUGUUACUUACAACACGACACUUCACGGUUUCUGCAGUUUAGGACAAUUGAAUGAAGCUACCAAAUUGUUUAAAGAAAUAGUUGGUGGGAAUGUUAUGCCAGAUACAGUGACCUUCAAUAUUUUGGUCGAUGGACUCUGCAAAGAAGGGAUGUCCGUCUUUGAAACGAUGACCGAAAAAGGUGCAGAGCAAAAUGUUUGCACUUAUAAUGCUUUGAUAGAUGGAUACUGUUUACGAAGCCAAAUGAAAGAGGCCAAAAAUGUGUUUGACAUCAUGGUUGGCAAGGGUUGUGCAUCUGAUGUACAUAGUUACAGCAUCUUGAUCAAUGGAUAUUGCAAGAGCAGAAGGAUGAACGAAGGAAAAUCUCUUCUUGCUGAAAUGUCAGAAACAGAAUUGACUCCUGAUACUGUCACUUACAGCACUGUUAUGCAAGGUCUGUGCCACGUAGGGAGACCUCAAGAAGCUCUAAAACUUUUCAAGGAGAUGUGUUUUUCUUGCCUUCUUCCAGAUUGAUGACUUACUAAAUUUUGCUAGAUAGCUUCUGCAAACAUGGACAUUUAGAUGAGGCAUUACAACUGCUCAAGGAAAUGCAAAAGAGGAAAAUAGAACCUAAUAUCGUCGUUGAUAAUAUUCUUUUUCAAGGCAUGUUUAUUGCUGGGAAGCUUGAAGUUGCAAAGGAACUAUUUUCCAAGCUUUCUAUGGAUGGAAUAUGACCUACUGUAUGGACAUAGAAUGUCAUGAUCAAGGGACUUCUUAGAGAAGGGCAGUCAGAUGAAGCAUACAAAUUGUUUCGAAAAAUGAAAGACGAGGACUUCUUGCCGGAUAGUUGCUCUUAUAAUGUCAUCAUUCAAGGAUUUCUUCAAAAUCAGAACUCAUCAACUGCUAUACGACUUAUAGAUGAAAUGGUUGGUAAAAGAUUCUCGGCAGAUUCAUCUACAUUUCAGAUGUUAUUAGAUCUGGAAUCUCAUGACGAAAUCAUAAGCUUAUUUAUGCGUGGAAGCUCUCAAGGUAGGAAAAUGAAGUGAAAUUUUCCUAUUCAAGUGCUGUUGUAGGUUGCUGUUCCUCUUGUGAGUUAUCACAAUACUCAAUUCUUCAACUUUAGUGAAUGAUCUGUAACUUUUAUGGUGACUACCUCUUGUAAGUUAACUUUUAUGGUGACCACCUCUUGUAAGUUAUCACAGUACUCAGUUCUUUAACUUUAGUGAAUGGUCUAUAACAUUUAUGGUGACUUCCAUGGAUCUGUUUUUGGCAAUAGA